CUCUGAAGAGAAAGUCUACUGGUCCUCUCCUCAUGGCAGAUGGGACCUCGGGUCCCAGGCCCAGCGCCCGUACCCCAACUCCCCUUGAAGGCCCGGAAGGCGGAGUCCCCCGUCCCCACCCCGCCCCCCACCCCGGCCCCGGCGCAUCCAGAGGCGCAGGGUCCCUCCCCCAAACUCGGCCGCGGCCGGAGCCCGGGACGGAAACCACAGACCCCCCUACUAUCCCCCGCCAGACAACAGAGCUCCCGAACGCGCACUCGCGGCGCCCCCUCCCCGCAAGCGGCGCACCCGGGGCCCCCAAAGAGCCGCGCGACCGGAACCCGGGCCCGGCCGCCGCCCUCCGCCCCUCGGGCCAGGCCCGCCCCCGCCGCCUCCCCGGCGCCCCCAGUCAGCCCCCAGCUCCCCACCCCGGCCCUCCGGGCUGCACCGGGCCCGGCUUCCAGCCGCCGCCGGGACCGCGCGCCCGCGACGAAGUUUGGCUCCGAAGAGGAGCGGGAGCAGCCCCGGAAGGGCUGAAGCUGGGUCUUCGUUUCCCUUCGAAAUGUCUCCAUUGUAAUCCAGCAAGAUUGGCAUUUGUCAAAGGUGAAAAAAUUAUGAUCCAUUCACUUUGUCUAGUCUAUUGUAUGCUUAUUUUUCCUUCAAAACAAUGAAGAGCACACAAAAAGCAACAGUGAAAGUUAUCUUCAGGCUUUUAUCCCUGUAAUUAAUGCAUGCAAACAAUAGGUCUUUAUACAUAGGUACAGACAAGAAACCUAUUUACUCAUUCACUCAUGGAGUAGGCUAUGUAGUUUUUAGGCAUAGCUAAUGCUAAACAGGGCCAACAUGUUCCUGAAGUAAUUCAAUUUUCCCCCAUCUUAAAGAUAUUUUACUACACACCGAGGUAAUGUUAACUGUUAUCUAUCACCAUAGCAUGGGCCCCUGCAGUGGAAAAAGUCUGCACACUAAGAUGAUGUUCCGUGAGAUCCAUUGUCUAGAAUGACUUUCUCAUUUGUGUCUUUGCUAGUAAUUCUGUAGAAUUAACUGUAGCGGAUGGUUAAACCGAAUGGUCAUAAUUUGAACAGACUGAACAGAAAAAGAUACUUCAUCAAAGCAGUGUUUUGAAUAUGAACUCAAAAGUGUAAACGGCAUUUUUCCAGUACUGAUCCCCAAUAUUAAUGCUCAUAUACAGAGUUAAAGAAUAUAUAUUUGAUUUGAUUAAAGUCAUAUAU